UAUGUAAAUAAGGCGGAAGAAGUUUUUUCUUACAGGAAGAAGAUCCUGAAAGUUUGGAGUUAUUUGUUUCAUCUGUUGAAUGUCUCCUCGGCCACAUCCUCAGCUUCAGACCUGGGAACACCUUGAAGUUAUAACACCUGCAGCACGAGGCCGUUUAUCACAGAUAUGACACGUUAACCUACAAACUACAUCUCACGAGCGCACGCUGGAUGGCUGUUCCAGAGUGUAGGAGCUCUGACUGCAAAAGACCUGUCCCCUUUAGUUUCCAGUCGGGUCCUUGGACCAGCUAACAGAGAACUGCCAGAGGAUCUCAGACUGCGACCAGGUGUUCUUUAUGUGCAGCAGGUAACAGACGAGCAGUAAGAUGGCGAUCGCUCACGUGGCUACAGAGUACGUGUUCAGCGACUUUCUGCUGAAAGAGCCGAACCAGGCUCGAUACCGCAGCAUCCGAACCGAGCUAGCCGUGGACAAGAUGGUGACCUGCGUGGCCGUGGGUCUUCCCCUCCUCCUCAUCUCCCUGGCUUUUGCUCAGGAAGUCUCAGUCGGUACUCAGAUCAGCUGUUUUGCACCUUCUAAUUUCUCCUGGAGGCAGGCAGCGUAUGUGGACUCAUACUGCUGGGCAGCCGUACACACACACACUCUACCUCUGUGGCUGCACAAGUUCUUCCCUUACAUCCUGCUGCUGGUGGCGGUGAUGAUGUACACCCCGGCGUUAUUCUGGAGGUUUUCUGCAGCGCCGCUCCUGCAGUCCGACCUCAGCUUCAUCAUGGAGGAGCUGGACCGCUGCUACAACCGCGCUGUGACUCUGGCCAGACGCUUGACCACCUCAGUAAUGCUCACUCCGGACAGCGACCCGACGGAGGGCUGCUUCAAUUACCCGCUGGUGGAGAAGUUCCUGAUGACCAAGCGCUGUUCGCGGACGCUGCUGUUUUACUACCUGCUGUGUCGCAGCCUGACCCUCGUCACCCUGCUGUGUGCCUGCGUGUACCUGGGGUACUACCUCCGCCUGGCCUCCCUCACAGACGAGUUCGGCUGCUCGCUGCGUGUCGGCCUGCUCGCCGAAGACCCCGGCGUCCCUGACAAGGUGCAGUGUAAGCUCAUUGCUGUGGGAGUCUUCUCUUUGCUGAGUCUUGUCAACUUGGUCCUGUUCAUUGCUCUGGUUCCUGUGGUGUUCUACGCCAGCCUCCGUCCCCUCUUCUGUCACGGGUACGCCCGCUUCCUGGAAAUCUAUCAGUCACUGCCCACUGUGGGCGUCCUGCCCAGUCCCGCAGGCCAAUGGGACGAUCUCUCUCUGUAUCUGCUCUUCCUGGAGGAGAACAUCAGCGAACUGAAGUCCUACAAAUACAUCAAGGUGUUGGAGAUGUUGAAGAGAAGAGGUAGCUGCACCUCUGAGAACUUUGACGCCAUGGGUCUGCUGCAGACUCUGUGUCUGGUGAAGAUGGACACUGUGGAUGGGUUUAAACCUCCCGGUGCUGCAGGAAAACCGGAUCAAGUCAAAACUAACAACACCGACUCUGCCAGCAGCUCCGCAGCUGCCAACGCUGGAGCAGCUCAGAGGAACCCCAACCAUGAGAAGUCAGCGGCGGAGGACAGCAGCAGGAUUGAGACGGAGAUGAAGGAGCUCACUCCCUUACUGCCAGAAAACACAGACGCUACAAACAGCAAAUACGGCGAAGGAGGAACAGUCCGGCAGCGACAGUGAUCAGCGCCUGGCUCAGCGAUGUUCACUCAGACAAACUUUAAUUCACUGCUAUCCCAUGAGCUGAUGCAAAUCCAGCAGGUCUUCAGCACCAUCGUGGGAAUCUGCUACGAUUCAUCUCAUAUUUUAGUUCUCAUCAGUGUCAGGGUUUUGUUUUGUGUACACUCAAAUUUAAAAGAGGAAGAAGUGAUGAAAGAAGAGACACUUUGACGAUGUCAGUUUUUUGGUACGGACUGAGGUAACCACAGAAUAUGUUGAACCUUUGAUGAAAUAAUCUUUGUUUAUGAAUGAAAACGCUUCAGUUCAGAGAGCCGACAUGGAUUCUGUGCUCUCACAUGUCACCGCCCUCCUUGGUGUUUAUUAAUAACAAGGAGAUAUUAGUCAAAGUUUCAGGAUGUCAAAGUAUAAAGUGUUUUUAUUGUUGUUGUAAGUUUUGAUCACACGCCUGAUAUGUCUUCUUCUAUCAUGUAAACGCAGUACAGUGAGUAUGCAGUAGAUGUUAAUAGUUGUUUGAUGCCUAAACUAUGAGAUUAUUAUUUUUAAAUUAAAGUUCCAUGUUGAGUUUAAGAGAUUACAAAAUACCUGUGAAUCAGGGUCGAGCUGGACGUUGCAUAUCCUUCCUCACGUCUAAAAACAUAAUUUGUUACUGAAAAACAAGAUGGCCGAAUGCUGAAACUUAAAACAAAUCAACAGGGUGGCAUGUGGAUGUCACGUCCACUUCUUCUACUCUUUUUUAUAACUGACACAAUCUGACAAUUUUAACUUUGUAAUGAGGUUUGAGAGCGAAGUCAUCAAAUGUGUAGUUGCUUGAAAAGAACAGGUGAUGCAUUCAUGUGCACUCGUCAUGUGGGAGAAGAUUCGUCAAUCACAUUUCAAUGUUGUAAAGAGGAACACCGAUCACAGAGGAGCUUCUUCAGUGUGGUUUUGUUCUGAGGUCUGUAAGAUGAUGUGGUAUGGCAGCUAACACAACAACCUGUCGUUAGAUGAUCCAUGUUUUAAAAACGAUUCCUUGAGUUGUUCUGGAUUCCCUUUAAAAGCUUGAUGUGUCUCACUUUCAAUGACUGGAAAGUUCUCCUUUGUGUUCGUAUACUCUAAUGUUUGUUUACAUUUAUUCCUUGAUCAAACUAGAAAGAGUCACAGUUGAAACCUGAGGUGAGAUCCAGUCUGCUGUCUGUUAUACUUUUUAUUGUUUUUCCCUUUUUUUUCAAACAAACUUUCAGAUUUCCGAUGUCUCAACCUGGAAUUGAACUCCCCAUCCUUCUUCUGGAGUCUCAGGGUUAAAUUUGUCUCACUACAGAAACUGUUGAUUGUGAGUGUUUACAUCAGACUGUGUAUAUUCUAAGCCCCGCCUGCUCAUAUGUCCUGCACUGAGCGUUUUAACAAACUGUCAUGACCGUGCUGUGGUGAGAUCUCUAUAAUUAAUAUGUUGACUGGCUCUUGUUUCUGUGCAAUAGGGUACUUUUAUUAUCGUGCAGUCUCUGAAAGAAACUGAAGCUUGUUGUUUUUGUGAUAUGAGAAAACUUUUUCACUGUUUUUCAAUUUAGAUUUUGUAAACUGCAGUUACUCUCUCUGAUUUAUUCGUCAGUCAUUACACUGUUAGGAUUGUUUGCAAAAAUAAAAAUGUGUUGGAUGACACAGUUAGUAAGA